AUGGGUUUAAUCAAUGUGUUUUCGUUUUUAAUUCUUAGUACUUUGUCAUCUCUUGUCAUGUCCCGACCAAUCCAUGAAAUCGCCAUUGUUGAAAAACAUGAACAGUGGAUGGUUGAUUAUGGUCGAAAUUAUAACAGUGAAUCGGAGAAGGAGAAGCGUUUUAAUAUAUUCAAGGAGAACUUGGAAUAUAUCGAGAGCUUCAACAAUGCCGGAAACAGGAGUUUUAAGUUAGGCCUGAAUGAGUAUGCAGAUUUGACACAAGAUGAAUUCAUUGCAGCUCACAGUGGAUAUCAUAAGAUGCAUAAGUCUGAAUCGACAUCGUUUAAGUAUGCAAAACUUUCAGAUAUUUCCAAGGAUCAAGUGCCACUGGAUAUAAGCUUCGAUUGGAGGGAUCGAGGUGCCGUCACUCCUGUUAAACAACAGGGAAAAUGCAAUAGUUGUUGGGCAUUUGCAGCAGUGGCAGCCAUUGAAUCAUUGACCCAAAUCAACACAGGUAAGUUAAUCUCCUUAUCCGAGAAACAACUGGUGGAUUGCAGCAGAAACGGUGAAAACCAAGGUUGCAACGGCGGUGUAAUGGUGGAUGCGUACCAAUACCUAAUCCAAAACGGAGGAAUAGCCACAGAACAAACCUACCCGUACAAUGAACUCCAAGAAACUUGUGACACAGUGAAACAGGCAAGCAAAGUAUUCACCAUCACCGGCUACGAAGUGGUGCCUGCAAACGACGAGGACGCGUUGCUCAAAGCCGUCACGAAUCAACCCGUCUCGGUUGCGAUCGACGGUAGUGGACCAGCGUUUAGGUUUUUUCAGGGCGAUGGGGUGUUCACCGGAGAUUGUGGCACCGAUCUGAACCAUGCGGUCACAGUCGUCGGGUAUGGUACGAAUGCAGAUGGUUUGAAGUAUUGGGUGGUGAAGAAUUCGUGGGGAGAGAACUGGGGUGACAAAGGGUUUAUGAAGAUUCAAAGGGGUGUGAAUACAACAGGUGGUUUAUGUGGUCUAGCCAUGCAAGCUUCUUAUCCAGUUGCAAACUCCGUGUAA